AAUAUUACUGCACAGUCAUUGAGAAGAAAAUGUGAAAAAACAAAAAAUCGACACGAUCUCGGUCGUAUGAAUAUAGAAUAUACUCAUUGCAAUCAAGAAAAAAUUAUACUUCCUCUUCUUAAUGAUCCCCCACUUCUUCUUAGACAUUUUUUUGAAAGCAGUGAUGAGGAUGCUAGAGAAUUUUAUAUAAACAUUCGUCAAUACAAUGCUGCACAUGCAUUUAUAUCAUUAGGUGUCAUGAUUGAUCAAACUGUACUUCAGAGAAAUGGUUCAUAUGUCUUUUGUGUUAAUGGAGAACUAUGUCACUUAUCUAGCCCACUCAUCUCUAUCCAUAACAAUAUACCUGCUUAUGCACAACUUUAUAUCUACAAUGCUGCAUUUGCAUAUUUAAUACGAAUGAACU